AUGGGUAUUUCAGGCGGCAGCAAUGACGACGACGAGCUCCCGGCGGUGGCGACAGUGACGAUUCUUCAAUGCCUCACCACCACCAGCACCUUCCUUACUACUACCUCCCCUCCUCUCUCCACAAAAUCUCAUUUUCUUGUGGUCGGUUACGCACUCUGCUCCAGUCUCUCCACUAUCAUCAACAAGUAUGCUAUCACCCAAUUCAACCACCCCGACCUCUUAACUGCACUCCAGUACCUCACUUUCGCUCUCGGCAUCUACCUUCUCGACAAAUUGGGGUUCCUCUACCACGACCCCUUCAUUGUUGACACCGCCAAGCACUUCUUUCCCGCCACACUCGUCUUCUUCCUCUCGUCAUCUUCACCAACACCAACCUCCUCCGCCGCGUCGAUGUCGACACCUUCAUCGUCUUCCAAUCUCUCACUCUUCUCCUCGUCGCCCUUGUGGAUACCGUCUUCCACCACUUGCCUUGCCCCUCCAAGUUCACAUUUUUCUCCCGCGUUGUUAUCCUUGCUGGCACCGAGGUAUGUCGCCAUUGAUUCCGCUUUUACCUUUACUAUUUAUUUUUGGGUUUUUGCUUAUCUUAUCACAAUCACUACUUAGAUAGUUUACGUCAAGCAC